UUAGCGAUGAACGCUCCUGAAUGGAAGGAAGCGUUGUUUGGGAGUGUAGGAGCUGUUCUAUUUGGUGCAGUUCAGCCGGUUUAUGCAUUCUCAAUGGGGUCGAUGGUAUCGGUGUAUUUCUUGAUGGAUCAUGAUGAGAUCAAGCACAAAACGAUGGUUUACGGGUUGUGUUUCGCAGGUUUGGGAGUUUUUUCGGUGCUAAUCAACAUCAUUCAGCAUUACUAUUUUGCAGCGAUGGGCGAGCACCUAAUGAAGAGGGUUCGAGAAAGGAUGUUGUCAAAGAUACUCACCUUCGAAGUCGGGUGGUUCGAUCAGGAUGAAAAUUCGAGCGGAGCCAUCUGUUCCAGGCUCGCGAAAGAUGCCAGUGUGGUGAGAUCGUUGGUGGGCGAUAGAACCGGGCUUCUAAUUCAAACGUUUUCCGCAGUGACGAUUGCUUGGACAAUGGGGCUCGUAAUCGCGUGGAGAUUGGCGUUGGUUAUUAUCGCCGUUCAGCCGCUUAUAAUCAUCGGCUUCUAUUGCAGACGAGUUUUGUUACAGAACAUGUCGCAAAAAGCCAUGAAAUCACUAGACGAAAGCAGCAAGCUCGCAGCCGAAGCCGUUUCAAAUCUGCGAACCAUCACCUCCUUUUCAUCUCAAGCACGAAUCCUCAAAAUGUUCCACGAGACGCUAAAAGCGCCAAUGCGUGAAGGCGUCCGACAAGCCUGGUAUGCUGGAAUCGGGCUCGGGUUCUCUCAAAGCAUAAUGACUUGUAAUUUGGCUCUAAACUUUUGGUUCGGUGGGAAACUGAUUAGCGACGGUCAUCUUACGUCAAAAGCACUCUUUCAGACGUAUAUGAUCUUGGUAAGCACCGGCAGAGUCAUCGCGGAUGCUGGAACCAUGACAAACGAUCUAGCGAAAGGGUCCGACGCAGUGCGUUCGGUGUUCACGAUAUUAGACCGUAACACCUUGAUAGAACCCGAUGAUUCCGAUGGUAAGAAGCCGGAAAUCAUUACCGGCAAUGUGGAGUUACGCAAUGUUUACUUCGCUUACCCUGCUCGGCCUGACAUCAUGAUCUUUAACGGGUUCUCGAUCAAAAUCGAAGCUGGGAAAUCGACUGCGUUGGUUGGACAAAGUGGGUCCGGGAAAUCAACCAUAAUUGGGUUAAUCGAGCGUUUUUACGACCCGAUGAAAGGCGUUGUCAAAAUCGAUGGAAGAGAUAUAAAGUCGUACCAUUUAAGAACUCUAAGGAAAUACUUCGCACUAGUGAGCCAAGAACCGACAUUAUUCGCUGGUACU